GCGCUAAACAGCUCAACUCUUUAAACAUCCAUAGUUCUUUUCAAAACCGUGAAAAAGCUUUUCUAAGACGUCUUUUCGCGGUUUUUCUUUUAGUUAUUACCGAACUCUUUUGACUGACAUCAUCUGGUUUCGAGUUGGAUAAAGUAACAGUUUGAUUUCCGACUGAGAUAAAGAUGUUUGACUACAAUAUUAUUUCCGUCAGAGAAUGACUGAUCUGUAAGACUUAAGUCUAUAAGCAUUGAGUCGGGUGCUCUUCAGACCUCUUCAUCACAUUACACUGAGUUUGAGUGGACACUUCAUUGCUCAAAUGGACCUCCAUCGGACUGCCUUUAAGAUGGAGAACUCCUCCUACAUGCCCAGCCCGCUGACCUCCCCUGCCCUCAUGGUUUUGGCAUCAACAGCUGAGGCUGGACGAGAUGCCUCUGUACCCUGCCAGCCCCCUCGGCCGUUUGGAGUGCCGGUCACUCUUGAAAAGGACAUGCACCUCCCGUUCCCCAGCGGCUCAUACACCUUUGCCUCUAUGUAUCAUCGGCAAGGAGGCUUUCCCACUCGCGACUUUCCAACCCCUCUGCUCCACCUUCACCCACAGUUUGCCCCACCCAAUCUUGACUGCUCACCACUGGGUAUGCUCAACCACGGAGCGGUGGGGGCCUUCCGGCCGUUCUCCUCCCCACCCGAGGAGCGUGAUGCAGGGGCUUACCAGUCUGCCUUCCUCCCUGCCAAGCGCUUGAAGGGCUGUCUGGAACCAGAGGCAUCACCCCACCUCCGCUACAGAGAUGUGGAGGGAAAAGAUUUUGACUUUGGGGGUGCUCAUGUUCCUACUGGUUCACCACACACCCUAAAGGUAGCUGAGGAUGCUGGGAAGAAGCUCUUUGGCUUGUCUGGGCUGUUGGUAGAGGGUUCAUCUAGCCCAGAGGAGCACAAAGAACCAAGUAAAGUCAAGGCCUUAUAUGACACUCAGACGCCCAUGUGUCCCAUCUGUCAUGCUGUGCUGCGGCCAGGAGAGCUGCAGGAACAUAUGGAGCAGGAGAUGGAGCGACUGAUGCAGCUGCAAAACAGUCAGGGUCCUGCUCAAAAGGAGUGUUUCGCUGCUGGGCCACAUAAGUCUCUGUUCUCUAUGCACAUAAAGAGAGAGGGUUCCUCCUCCGCCUCUUCUCCUCGUCCCGCUGAUGAGGCAGUGCACUCCGACAGGUACCAGACAUUUUUGCGAGUACGAGCAAACAGGCAAACAAGGCUCAAUGUUAAGGAGCUCUGCUGGUGCAGGUGCUACGCCAAACAGAAAGGGAAAUCUGUUCAUGUUUGGCCUGACUGUGGAUUCCCACAUUUAUCUUCUUGCCCACUGUCUGCACGCAUUGGGAAACUUAAAAGACGGAAAGCAGAGGAAGACCAGAGAGACGGCGUGUGUGCUGUUGAAGAUGGCUCUGUGCUGUCAGCUGGGAGGGAGUUUGAAUGGGCCGAACAGAGAAGAAUACAGAUGGUUUCUGUUCUCAGAGGCUUCAGAGGUUUGGUGAGCAGCACACUGAAAGAACAUCAGGACAGCGAUGCCGAUCUGGAUGUGGACGGUGAUGAUACUUUGGAAUAUGGAAAAGCACAAUACACAGAGGCGGAUGUGAUUCCCUGUUCAGGAAAUGAACCCAGAGAUGCCGAGGAGAGGCAGGCGUUAAGAGGAGCUGUUUUAAAUGGCGACACAACCAGCAGGUCAUCUCCAGAGCAAACCAAGUUGGCAAACCCAGAAACUCCUACUACAAGCAAUGGAGAGUUUGAGAACAAAACAAGCACAACAUCUCCAAGAACCUGCAAGAACAGCGAGUUAGAGAUCUUACCAGAUGACCCCUCCCUCAGUACGCUGGAGGCCCUGAAAACACGCAUCAGAGAUCUGGAGAAGCAGCUCACGCGAGGGGACAGAUUCAAGUGUCUCAUCUGCAUGGACUCCUACACAGUACCCCUGACCUCCAUCCAGUGCUGGCAUGUCCACUGUGAGGAAUGCUGGCUUCGCACCCUGGGAGCAAAGAAACUGUGUCCACAGUGCAACACUAUCACCUCACCUGGGGACCUGAGACGAGUGUAUUUGUGAAAAGUUACAGCCGUCCUGUCAUCUGCCUGUUUGCAUUCUACACAGACAGAUCAUUUUAACUGAGGAGUACCUUUCUGGGCUGCUGCAAAACUUAGAGGACAUUUUGCCCAACAGAGUCAUUGCCCGAAGGUUCAUGUCGGAAUGCAACCCAGUUACUGUACAUGAAGACCACUGUGUUCAUUUCUUAAUGAAAUGUUAAAGAUUUAAAGCAAAGAUCUGCCGUAAUAAUAUUGUAAGGACAGUAAAACGAUCACCAAAUGUUGUUUCUAUGUAAAAAAAAACAAAAAAAAACAUUGUUUUAUAAAAUAUUGUUAAGUUAUUCUCAAAGAAAAUGUUCUAAAGCAAUUGGUCAAAUAGUUUUGUGAAUGUUUACACUGAAGAGUUCUUUUCUAAUUUGGAUCUAGCAGUGUUAAUAUUUGAAAUCGGAAAGCGGUUAACUUUGAAAUCAUUCAUAAACAGUGUUUUGUGUAGAAUGUGCAGAAAAGCAAUGAAUCUUGUACAUUUAUUUUCCAUGCUUAUGUAACUGUAAUUUAAUAGUGAAUGGGAUCUUUUAAAUAUGGUUUAAGAUAAAUGAUAAUUUAAGCUGUUACAUAGGUGAUAGUGUAAUCGUUUAUAUUAUGCAUUUUUUGUCUCAUGAUGCCCUUAUCCUAAGCAUGCGUUAAAAACUCAAAACUCAAAGACUAAAUAUGAUGCAAAAAUACAAAGCCAUUCUCACAAGGUUUGCAGAUCCAAAAAGUGCUACUUUUAUCAAACAGUACACAUGCAUAAACAAAAAUAGUUUUUACUAUAAGGUUCAGCAAUGAAUAUUCUGAGUGGAAGUAGUCCCCUGUGUAUUUCUGACCUUUUUUUUUUUUUUUUGCUCUUCUACUUCAAUGUAAGAUGCUGUGUAGAUGGAAUUGUCUGCAUUCUUGUAAUGAAUUAAUAUUUAACCCCUAGCAGGUGAUUGGCAGGUUAUUGUAUUGAUAUGUACUGUACAGCAGAGCUGGACCCUCAGCAGGUGGAAUUGAUUCUUAAUGCAGGAUAUGGACGAUGAGGCUGAUCUCUGCUUAGCCUUCCCUCCUCUCCACUGCCAAGCAGAAUAAAGGUCUGUUGACACUGAGUUACUAUAGGUUACGACAUUAUGACUCAAGGAACUAAGCUCAGAACUAACAGAAGAGGAGCUCAGUUUCCUUUGUGGUAUUUUAGCAAUAGUUUUGUUACCGUCUAGACACUCUAGUAAAGUUACUACAGGUAACUGAAAGAUCGUGAAGCACUUUUGAUAGAACUGAAAUAGAAUGCAACAUAAAACCAGCUUUGUUUUAUGAUGAUGCAUUUUGUACAGACUCAUCUGUUUUUCUUUGACAAAAAAAUAAA